AUGGGCAAAAACGACAAAAAGGGUGCAGACAAAGGCGGAAAGGCCAAGGGAGGAGACAAGGGUAAAGAUGCCAAAGACACCAAAGACUCUGGCUCUGGCGGCAAAGCAAAAGGUGCUCAGAGCAUCAAUGUCCGUCACAUUUUGGUGAGUUGA